AUGCCUCGGGAGACGCAGGGGCAAGAAGAAGGUAUGAAACUAGCGAUGAAGCAACCAAAAGAUGUGGAUGACACACUGGCAAGGGUGAAAGAUGAAAAGUGUCCUGUUCAAAAUGCAGUGCAAGCCUAGACGAGUGGCUUCUUUAAGCAAAAACCCAACAAGAUUCUCUUCCCAAACUCAAAGCUUUUCAAGCGGUGAAGUAGGGACCUUUCUGAGGCUGAACAGAAAGAGGUUGAGGACCUCUUCCAGAAGUUUGGUUACAACGUUUACCUCAGUGACCAGAUGCCCCUCGAUCGAACCAUCCCAGACACGCGAGAUCCCAGGACAAAGAGGUGUCUUCAGAAGAGAUACCCUUCACAACUCCCGUCUCUCAGUGUCAUUCUCAUAUUCGUGGAUGAAACUCUGUCUGUUAUACAAAGAACCAUCACCAGCAUCAUCAACCGGACGCCCUCUCAAUUGUUGAAGGAGAUCAUCUUAGUGGACGGUUUUAGCUCAAAUGGAGAAUUAAAGGCAUACUUGGAUGAGAAGAUUAAGCUUUACAACCAGAAGUCUCCAGGACUACUGAAAAUAAUACGGCAUACCGAGAGAAAAGGUCUUGCUGCUGCUCGCAACACCGGCAGGGAGGUGGCCACGGCUGACGUGGUUGCCAUCUUGGAUGCUCAUGUUGAAGUGAACGCUGGGUGGGCAGAGCCCAUCUUGGCGCUGAUUCAGGAAGACCACACCGUGGUUGUGUCUCCUGUGUUUGACAACAUCCUUUUCGACACCUUUAAACUGGAUACGUAUGCAUUAGCAGUUGACGGGUUUAAUUGGGAGCGAUGGUGCCACUAUGAUUCACUGCCAAAGGCCUGGCUUGAUCUGCAUGAUGUCACCGCUCCUGUGAAGAGUCCUUCCAUCGUGGGCAUCCUGGCUGCCAACAGGCUCUUCUUGGGAGAGAUUGGAUCACUGGAUGGUGGGAUGCUGACCUAUGAAGGGGAGAACGUGGAACUUAGACUGAGGGUGUGGCAAUGCAGUGGGAGAGUCAAGGUCUUGCUCUGCUCCCGGGUUGCCCACCUGGAGAGACACCACAAGCCCUACUCCUUGGACCUGAGUAUUCCCUUGAAGCAAAAUGCCCUGAGAGUGGCUGAAAUCUGGAUGGAUGAGUACAAAGACAUGGUCUACAUGGCCUGGAACACACCUCUCCAGAACUCCAGAAUCGAUUUUGGAGACGUUUCUUCCAGAAUGGCACUCCAGAAGGAACUGAAAUGCAAAACUUUUGACUGGUAUCUGAAAAAUGUUUAUCCAGUCCUGAAGCCAAUCCACAGCACUGCGGGCUACGGAAGAAUGAAAAACCCAUUGGAUGAAAGUGUCUGCCUGGACCAGGGAGCUAUUCCAGGCAAGCCGAUCAUGUAUUACUGCCAUCAGUACAGUUCCCAGAAUGUCUACUACCACCUAACUGGGGAAGUCUAUGUGGGACCACUGAUUGCUGAGACAGACAUUGAUGACUGCUAUCUGACAGACCCUGGCAAAGGGGAGAAACCUACUUUAGAGCCAUGUUCCAAGGCAGUCAAAAAUAGACUGCACAUACACUGGGAUUUUAAACCGGGAAGAGCUGUCCUAAACAGAACCACCAAACGAUGUGUGGAGACAAAGAGGGACACUUCAGGUGGCUACACGUUUGUUCUCCAGACCUGCACCACACAAGUGUGGACACUCCAGUACACUGUCGGAAACUGGGGGUCAAACCAACGCCCAGCCAAAGAUCUGGGUCCUAGUUGUGGUGCCACCAUUAACGAGCUGCGGGACCUGCAGCCGGCUCAAGAUGCGGGGCUCUUCCCUAGCGCAGGGCCCCUUCCUGGCUUUGGGAGGAUUCGGCUGGACGUGUUUUUCAUGGAAAUGGAAUUCAAAUUGGAACCUUAUGUCUGGUUUCUCUGUGCCGCAGAGCGUGGCUACAGUGUGGCCUACAUCAGCCAGACCCGGAUUCCGAAAGUCUGCUGA